GCUGGGUUCUGGGGCCGAGCUGAGGAGCCCUGGGGAGUCUCAAAGUUUGUGUCUGGAGCAGUAGUGGAAAGCGGGCUUAUUGCGAAGGGAGUUUCCUGGGAUGAGAGCUGAUCGCUUGCCUUCAUUUUGGGUGCACAUCCCGCUUUAAGCCCUGCAGCCUUCGGUCCGAGCCCUGGACGGCCUGUGUCCCCCGGGGAUUCUCAGAUCUCCGAGGACCCGGACGGGAGCCCGUGGCCCUUCUCUCUCCGGCAAAGGAGCAAACGUUUUCCUUUAGUGCACAAGCUACACACUCACGCACGCACACGCACGCGGAGGAAGAGGAAUCUCGCCGGUCCGAGGCGGCUCUGCCGGUCCCCUCCUGCCCUCCGCAUCCUCGCCCCGCGCGGCUCCGACCACCAUGGAGGUGCUGGAGAGCGGGGAGCAGGGCGUCCUGCAGUGGGACCGCAAGCUGAGCGAGCUGUCAGAGCCCGGGGACACCGAGGCCCUCAUGUACCACACGCACUUCUCAGAACUUCUGGAUGAGUUUUCCCAGAACGUCUUGGGCCAGCUCCUGAAUGACCCUUUCCUCUCAGAGAAGAGCGUGUCCAUGGAAGUGGAGCCGUCCCCUACGUCCCCGGCGCCUCUCAUCCAGGCCGAGCACAGCUACUCCCUGUGUGAGGAGCCUCGCGCCCAGUCACCGUUCACCCAGGUCACCACCAGUGACAGCUUCAAUGACGAUGAGGUGGAAAGUGAGAAAUGGUACCUGUCCACAGACUUUCCUUCAACAACCAUCAAGACAGAACCGAUUACGGAUGAACCAGCCCCAGGACUUGUUCCCUCUGUCACUCUGACCAUUGCAGCCAUCUCCACCCCUUUCGAGAAGGAAGAAUCUCCUCUGGAAAUGAAUACUGGGGUGGAUUCCUCAUGCCAGACCGUUAUUCCUAAAAUUAAGCUGGAGCCUCAUGAAGUGGAUCAGUUUCUGAACUUCUCUCCUAAGGAAGCCCCUGGGGACCACCUGCACCUACCGCCCACCCCUCCCAGCAGUCACGGCAGUGACUCAGAGGGCAGCCUGAGCCCCAACCCGCGCCUGCACCCCUUCGGCCUGCCUCAGACCCACAGCCCUGCCAGAGCCGCGCCCCGGGCCCCCUCCGCCCUCUCCAGCUCCCCCCUCCUCACAGCGCCUCAUAAACUGCAGGGAUCAGGCCCACUGGUCCUGACCGAGGAGGAGAAGAGGACUCUGAUCGCUGAGGGCUAUCCCAUCCCUACCAAAUUGCCCCUAACAAAAUCAGAGGAAAAGGCCCUGAAGAAAAUCCGGAGGAAAAUCAAGAAUAAGAUUUCUGCCCAGGAAAGUAGGAGAAAGAAGAAAGAAUAUAUGGACAGCUUGGAGAAAAAAGUGGAGUCUUGCUCAACUGAGAACUUGGAGCUUCGGAAGAAGGUAGAGGUUCUGGAGAACACCAAUAGAACCCUCCUUCAGCAACUCCAGAAGCUCCAGACAUUGGUGAUGGGCAAGGUUUCUCGUACCUGCAAGCUGGCUGGCACGCAGACUGGCACCUGCCUCAUGGUCGUUGUGUUGUGCUUUGCUGUGGCGUUUGGCAGCUUCUUUCAGGGCUACGGGCCUUAUCCCUCUGCCACCAAGAUGGCUCUGCCCAGCCAGCAUUCCAUGCCGGAGCCGUACACAGCCUCCGUCGUGAGAUCCAGGAACCUGCUGAUCUACGAAGAACAUUCUCCCCCAGAGGAGCCGUCCAGCCCAGCCUCAGCUGGGGAGCUUGGGCCCUGGGAUAGAGGCUCCUCCCUGCUCAGGGUGUCAGGGCUGGAGUCCAGGCCGGAUGUGGAUCUUCCCCAUUUCAUUAUCUCGAAUGAGACCAGCCUGGAGAAGUCAGUGCUGUUGGAGCUGCAGCAGCACCUGGUCAGCGCCAAACUGGAGGGGAAUGAAACACUAAAAGUUGUAGAACUCGACAGAAGAGUGAACACUACCUUCUAAAGGGGUUCUCUGCCCCCCCUGCCCCAACUCUACUUUUACAUCCUCAAACCACCUUUGUCAUAAGCUUUUCCUCUUUGCCACUGGAUCUUGACAAAGACAUGGACUAGCGUUAGUGGCUUCAGAUGGGGGCCAGCCUGGGAUUCCCUGCAGUGAGAGAGCACCUUCCCCGCAGUCCAUGCCCCUCCAUGCCGACGGGAGCCGCGUCCCUCCCUCCCCUGCUCUUACUGCCAUAGGAAAUUAUUUUAGGGGUGGGGGUGGGACAAGCAGGCUUGUUUCCACCAACAGUGCCAAAAAGAUACUGCCUGAUUCACACCUGUGAGGUGCACCCCCCUCUUUGAAGAAGAAAUGACUCUUAUUCAAUCUAGACCCCAGACGCUAGCCACAAAAAUGCCACAACGAUGCCUGUUGGGGUUUGGCAAAGCACUGACUCAUGUCCUCCCUUGCUCACGGUGGGGUCUGCGGUGGGAACGCGCCUGACAGCGGCCCUCCGCCCACUCUGCCCCCUCGGAGCCCUCGCUGGAUGGUCCCCGCACCGGCACUGGCAGGCGAGGGCUCCCCUUCAUGUUCUCAGGCCGCAAGUGCAAUGCCUGAAGCGAUCAGGCUUUUCUACUCCAGGCGAACCUGCCCCCUCUCGUUGCUUGUAGGACCUCCGAAACCUGGUCCCCACACACCCAUAGUUCCGCCUCCCCGGCUUCUCCUCCCCGUGUGUAAAUAGUAUUUAUUAGCUCGCUGAGGCUUCUCGCUAGCAGCCACACUGGAGAGAUUCCAGGCCUCCCCUCAAGCCAGCAAAGUCUUCUUCUGGCCUUUGGAGCUAGGAGGGCACCCGAGGCUCUGGGAUCCCCAAUCUUUCCAGACAAUGUUUUGUUUCCUCUCUUUCUUUUUUUUUUUUUUUUUUUUUCCUUUUUUACUGGAGGCUUGUAAAAUAAUUACUAUUGAGAAAUCACCUGGGGCAUGUGUCUGCCUCUAGGAUGAGCUCAGAGGGAGCUAGAGCAAUGCCUUGCUCGGUCCGUGGCUCUGUGGCCAAAUGCUUUCUCUAUCCUGUUUCCACGGCAGAGAAGGGAAGCCCUGUCCCUGACAACAGGCGUGUCGGACAACCUCGCUGGCUUGUUUUCCACGCCUGCCCAGCCUCCUCCUCCCUCUGCACUUCCGCUCUGUCCUCCUCUUCCCCCUCCUCGACACAGGGGGCGAGUAGGUGACAUUUGUGUAUCCACAUUCUGACCUUUUAUAGUCAUGUUUGGCUACUUUGCAGCUCACCCAAAGAGAUAAAACCUAAUCCCCAACCUACCUUUAUUAUUUUUAAUGAUUAAAAGUAACUUUUGUAGUUUAAAACAAUCUUUCCUCUUUCUUACAAAUUAAGAAAUGGAAAUUGGUUUUUUUUUAUUGUAUAAUGUAGAAGACCCUCUCCUUAUUUUUUUCUAGCUUAUAAAAGAUUUUGUGUAGGAAAUUUGCUUAUAUUUUGUAUUUUAUUUUUAGUAGCAGCUGAAAUGUCUUUAGUUUUAGCUUUUCUCUCUCUCUCUCUCUUUCUCUCUCUCUCCCCCUCUCCCACUCCUCCCUUCCCUCCCUCCCUCUCAUGUCAUCUACAUUUUCAUUGGAGCCCUGCUUACAGGGAUUAAGCCCACACCUGGCCUUCCAUUCCACAUCAGAUACAGGAUUUGGUGUCAUUAACAUUUGUCGUCAUACCUCAUAAGUGGAUCCCUGCUUUGUCUACCUACGUCCAUUUGGGGCUCACUGUGAGUCAGUCCUUGCUCUCCCUACUGUGAUGGAGAGGGUUCCAGAUGGGGAGAUGGCCAAGUUCAUCUUGCCACGUAUGAAAGCUGGAUUGGGACUGCCAUGGUCCUGGCAGCCCUGCUGUCUGGAUGGUUCUCGCUGUCCCUUACCUUGGCCAGGGCAGGCAGAGCCGGGGCUGUGCAGGAGGGCUUGCUGGCGUCUCUGCUGCUGCUCUCUGUUCCACUCUGCAACUCCAGAUCCUCCUGGGCCUGGCUGGUGUCUGGUAACCGUGGGCCACUGCUGACCCUCUCUUUUAAAAUGUCAUGUCAUUAUCAGGCAUAGGCAGCCUGUGGGGUCCUAAGAAGGUGAAGAGAUAGGAUUAACUCAAGGAAUGUUUGUGCAGUGAGAGAGGAAAGGUUUCAUAUUUAAGGGCAGAAGUGAGAGAAUGGGCCAGCCCAUGCACCUGCUACGGCUGAACCAGAUUGGGUUUUUAAGGCUCCCGGAUAUAGCCAAAGUAGAAAACCUGCUCUUCUGAAUGAGGAGGGAGAAGAAAAAGGAAACUUCUGGCCCUUGUCCUUAGGGCUUUGAGGAUUUUCUUUUCCCCUCCCCUCUACUCACCCUUGCUUGACAUCACUGUCUCCAGACCGCUGAACAGUAGGGCUCCUUCUCUGGGAAACUGUCCUUCUAGAGCAGAAUCUGUAUCUAGAGACAUGGGACAUUAGCCAGAGAGCUCAGAUGGCCCUUUUAAGGGAAUUCCAAGAACCAGCAUUGCUGCUCUUUGAGAAAAACCUCUGCCCUCCACCCCUUGCUUGAGCGAGUAAAGGGAACUAACAGUUGUCCCUUUAGGAGGACAAAAAUGAGGUCAAGAAGAUACAAAAGGGUUGGAUAACACCAGAUUGGUUCCAGAUAAUUAACGGAUGUGUGCACAUUUUCUGUUCAAGAGUUAAGCCCAGAAUACCAGUGGAUUUGUUUUCACCACUGAGUAGCCCCAUUAACUAGUCAUUAAUUCACAUCAGCUCUGAAGAUUUCAAAUAGUGGCAGGCAUUGGUGACUGAAUUUAUGUUUUGAUAAAUAUGACACUGUUAGAGCAACCAUAACCCAUAAAGAAUAAAUCUGUUAAUUAUAUUUUUCAUCAUGUAAACAAGUUUUCCUCUUCCCUUUCUUUCAUUACACUAGAAAAGGAAAUGGCUUGCAAAGAUUCAGAGAACAACUAAUUUUUCACCGAAUGAGACCUGACUAACCCCGACCCCCCAGCAUGGUUCUUUUCACAGCUCUUGACUGUGCACUUAAAAAGGGAUAUUGUAAAUGAAAGGCCUCAGUGCCAAUUUUAAGAAAGAAUUUCUGUGAAGUGUUAGGACGCUGGAGUGCAGCUCACAUAAAGAGAGUGUUAUAUAAAAAUCUGACAGCUGAACUAGGUGCUCCUUUCUGGCAGGGGGUGAGGAUGAGAUUUGACACCAAUAUAGGCAAAAUUAGAUAACGUUUUGGUUAAUAUAAAUGAUUGUGAUUUGGAGACCUCAUUUGUAGAUUGUGAAAGCAGCUUUUAGUUCAACGUAUUUACAAACCAACCAUAAAUACCAUUUUUUUUUGUUCCUAAAUCCCUCGAUUCAGCUUGGAUGCCAAAAGGUAGCUGUGAAUCUUAUGUGCCCAUAAAGUGGGAGUGUUGAGUUGAUUCUUCUUGAUUCUGGCAGUGAGUCAGUGUCUGGCAUUUUUGUCAUAAGUGUUUUAUUAAAAUGCUUUUUCAGCAUUUCACGGCCCCUCCCUCCCAUGCUCUCAGACCAAGCAAAAGCAUAAAGGCACAAUCACAGGCCUCUCCAGCCUCUCUGAACACACGUGACCUGUCAGGCGUGACUUCGAGCAUAACUCAGAAAGGGAGACAUCCCACCCCCAGUUGAGGACUGGACCGUCCCUGCGGGUCCUGCUAGCACCAGGAGACUGGAGGUGCAAGCGGAGUCUUUUUAUCUCCCCCUUGUCUGCCACGAGUUCCUAAUUUGGCUCUGUUGAGUCCAGUCAUUGAGAAACCUGAAUUAAAAACACCAGCACUUCUGCUUGCUGGGCUGGCAGGACCUGCGAAGCCAUUGGCAGGUAGUGUCCUAGUGAGAGUCAUUUUAUUAAUAUUUAACCGCUUUCAGCUGAGGCAAUUAUAGACGUGAUAGGAUAAGCCCUGCUGGGAGGGCAGUUACAGGAGAGAGUAGGGGGGCCGUGGAAUGGGGCUGUGAAGGUUCCAGAGACAGGUUUUAGAUUUUUCAUUGAUUCAUUCAUUCACUCCUAGAAAUUUUCAGUUUUAUUAAGGAAGAGUACUGCCUAAGGCCCCGGGGGACAUUGAGGAGUAGGAGAGACUGGGGAAGCUUGAUUAACAAGUUAUUCCGAAGACCCUAGUGCUAGGGAGGUGUCUCCCUCUCUCUCUCUGACACACGCACACAUUCCUCCCUUGUCUUAGAUACUCAUUUGUGCCUUAAAUGUGCCUUAUAUAUGAAUCCAGAAUGACUGAGCAUUCCCUUGUGCCUGGGAGAUUUUAUGUAGAGCUUUAUAGUAUGAGACUGCAGUGGGUGUGUGUGGGGAGGAGGGAAGAACUUUUUUCAAAGCCUCAAAAAUGGUUUUCUAAAAGUGAGCCACUAUCCGAUUUGCUUAUCAGGAGAAAAGAAAUAGGGUUAUGUCCAUUAGGAAAAUCCCAUUUUGCAGGAGUGCAAUUUACAUCAGAAAAUGGCCAGCUAGGAUUGAGGGUAUUAUAAAUCCUCAUAGCAGAACAUUUUCUCAGUGCACAGGGUCCUGGCCCUUUUGAGGGUUAAUGUUCCGUGCCUCUGUGGCCAAAGCAUCAGCACUUACCAUGGGAAAAAACUAGGAAGUGUUUUGUUAUUUUGGGCAAAAUAAAAUUCAGGAAUGCUUUAUUUUGUUAUGGUUUCUAGAAAGAAGGGAAAUAGUAUUUCUUAAGUGCUUACUAAGGUAUUGAGUGCUGUUCUAAGUUUGAAGUCAAUUUUAUAGAUACAGAAAAUGAGAGUGACAGUUUACUAGGAGAUGGAUAAAGAGCUAAGUAAUAUGGGAAGUAUACCAAUUUGGGAUUAGAUUGAGCAGAUUUCUUUGUGAACACACUGUAAACUUCUAAGGUUCUCUGGGCAGGAAUCACAGCCUCUGCCCCCUGCGAGGGUCCCACUGUGCAAUGUUCAUUUCUUCACCCCCUGCUGGUGCUAUCCACCAGAUGUCCAUCUCCAGUCUUUGUUCCAGUCUUCUGUGAGCUCCAGCUAGCAGGCUUCACAACAUCGGGAAAACGGAAACCAGGGGUUUUGGCUCUAUUUCUCUGUUCCCAUCCUUUGUUCACCAGCUGGGUGAGAACACGAACUUUUUGCACCAUGGACCGACAGCCUACACUACUUAGAAAAUCUCCCUUUUAGAUAAAAUGCUUUCUGAGUCUAUAAAAAAUGCCAGCACUCUUUGACAAACUGUGAGUGACCCUUUUUAAACAACGCUGAGCAGACCCUGGGCUAUAAUCAACAGUGAGCUUGAAGUCUAUGCUCACAGCUGGGCUUGCUUCUCUUUUGUAACAGGUUAGAUAGACCAGCAGUGUUUAAAUCUAAAUACAUUGUGAGUCUAUUAUCUGUCCUAUUGCAUUGUUUUUUAUGGCUUUUAUUCUUUAUCAUAGCUAAGUAAAUACCAAAAAAAAAAAAAAAAUGAUUUGUAGGAUACUUGUACUUAGUUUGAAAAAAAUUGAAAUUGUUAUGCUUUUGUAUUUCCAUUUCUUGCAAAUAAAUAUUUUUCUUAAAUAGUAAAA